AUGAUGAUACUCUGCGGCAUCCAGCAGAUGGAGAUGCGUGGAAAGCAUUUGAUAAUGAGAAUGAAUGGUUUUGCUAAUGAUCCACGUAAUAUUAGGCUUGGACUAGCAGCUGAUGGGAAGCCGAAGGAUACAAUAACUGCAAGAUUAGAUUUAGAAGAUUUGAACAUAAAGAAAGAAUUGCACUUGAAAAGGUUGCCAGACGGUUCUUACUUGAUGCCUCAGGCAUGCUACACCUUAUCAAAAGAUGAAAGAAUGGAGUUUUGUGAUUUUUUAAAAGCAGUGAAGUUUCCAGAUGGGUUUGCAUCAAAUAUCUCAAGAUGUGUAAAUUCUAAUGAUAGUCAGAUCUCAGGAUUGAAGAGCCAUGAUUGCCAUAUUAUUUUGCAAAGGCUACUUCCGGUUGUUAUUCGAAAGUUUGUUCCAAAAGAUAUCUUUCAAGCAUUGGAUGAGUUAGCCAAUUUCUUCAAGCGAUUAUGCUGUAAGACAUUAAAGAAAGAGGCUGUGAAGGGUUUACAAGAUGAUAUUGUCAUUAUUUUGUGUAAGCUUGAGAAAAUCUUUCCACCAGCUUUUUUUGAUGUGAUGGUGCACUUGGCGAUACACUUGCCACGUGAGGCUAUGCUUGGAGGACCUGUGCAUUAUAGAUGGAUGUAUCCCAUAGAGAGGUUCUUGGCCAAACUUAAGGCAUAUGUGCGAAAUAAAGCUCGCCCAGAAGGUUGUAUUGCAGAGACAUACAUUUCUAAUGAAUGCUUAAUGUUCUAUUCUAUGUAUCUUCUUUGGGAUUGA